UGCUUGUUCAUUGUAAAUCUUAUCAACCUUCAUCCCCGUCUUUACAUUAUCCCGCAAUUCCAUCUCUCCACAAACUUAUUGCAUCGACGCGAUACCAGACAUACCUUGAGGGACCUUAUGAACUAACAAUUAAUUCAACAUCCCCUUGAGUUACAAUCUCGUCCUGCUAUUUUCUCUCUCGUUCCCAUUUCACCUUAGUCUAUUUUGACGGUAUUUUGAAAUCGAUUGGCCACUCAUCAUUCGUUAGCUUGAAUAGUAGCUUACAAUAUCCCCUCUCCAUUGAAUUACUGUCACCAUGCAGGGCCGCUCUCAAAGGAGCGAAAGGCCCUCCACGGCUGCCAGCGCGCGUUUGGGUGCUGCCGGCCGUACUGGCAUCAGACCUCCCUCAAACAGAGCAUCAUCACUUCGGAAUCCUUCUCACAAUCAUCAUGCCACUAUCGCUUCAAGAAUUGCAAGAACCGCAGCCCCUUCUCCAGCCGAAUCGUUAUCAUCUGUUGCUACGACCGGAACCAAGCGCAAGGAACGCGACUUUGAAGUAGACACUACUGUAGAGACUAACAUCGAUGUUGUCGUUCGAUGUCGAGGCCGUACCGAACGAGAAGUAAGCGAGAACAGCGCUGUAGUUGUUUCGACAGAAGGUGUAAAGGGAAAGUUGGUCGAACUAUCCAUGGGGCCAACUGCCCUAAGCAACAAGACCUACAAUUUCGACCGUGUUUUUUCCCAGGCCGCAGACCAGAGUAUGAUAUAUGACGAUGUCGUAAAGCCCAUCCUAGAGGAGAUGCUUGGAGGAUACAAUUGCACUAUAUUCGCCUAUGGCCAAACUGGUACCGGCAAAACAUACACCAUGUCAGGAAACAUGACAGAAACUUUAGGUAUUCUCUCCGACGAUGCCGGCAUCAUUCCACGAGUUCUCCAUUCUCUCUUCAACAGGCUAGACACGGGGGACACCGAUAGUUUCGUCAAGUGUUCUUUUAUCGAAUUAUACAAUGAAGAACUUCGAGAUUUAAUCUCCGUCGAAGAGACCGCCAAGCUGAAGAUUUUCGAUGAUACGUCGCGCAAGGGUCACGCGACAACAGUCGUCCAGGGAAUGCAAGAAUCCCACAUCAAGAACGCGUCAGAAGGCAUCAAGCUCUUGCAGGAUGGCAGUUUGAAGCGACAGGUAGCCGCCACCAAAUGUAAUGACCUGAGUAGUAGAAGUCACACUGUGUUCACGAUCACGGCUUGUGUCAAGCAGACUGGAGAAGAUGGGGAGGAUUAUGUAACAGCGGGCAAAUUGAAUUUGGUGGAUCUUGCUGGAAGCGAAAAUAUUCAACGAUCUGGAGCCGAGAACAAGAGAGCUGCCGAGGCCGGACUGAUCAACAAGAGCUUGCUCACUCUAGGCCGAGUCAUCAACGCGCUGGUCGAUCGAAGUUCACACAUACCCUAUCGAGAAUCUAAACUGACCAGGUUGCUACAAGACUCUCUUGGUGGUCGUACUAAGACCUGCAUCAUCGCCACUAUCGCAUCAGCCAAGAGCAACCUCGAAGAAACUAUCUCGACGCUCGACUAUGCAUUUAGAGCAAAGAACAUUCGUAACAAACCACAAGUCAAUCAAAGAAUUAACAAGGAGACCCUUCUGAGAGAGUUGACGCACGAGAUCGAACGACUUAGGAGCGAGUUGAUCGUUACACGUCAACGUAACGGUGUCUAUUUGACGAAUGAAGGCUAUGAGGAGAUGACUGCUCAGAGCGAGUCCCGUAGGAUUCAGAACGACGAACAAGCGGCGAAAAUUGAGACACUCGAGUCCAACCUACGAAAUAAAGGACAAGAACUCCUUUCCGUGACUUCUAACUUUAUGGGCUUGAAGAAGGAACACGAUUCUAUCAAGACUCAACUAGAUGAGACGAAAGAUAUCCUCGAUCAAACCGAGCUUGUGCUCCAAGCAACCCGCAAAAGUCUUGCCGAGGAGACUCACCUUCGCAAAGCACACCAACACACCGAAGAACAGAUGCAUGUGGUCGGCGGAGAACUUAUCAGCACCAUUAGCAAAACGGUCAAGGAUGUCGGAGGUUUACAUGCCAAGAAUAAGAGGAAGUCGGACCUUCAAUCGUUGAAUCGGUCGACCUGGAGAUCCGCCCAAGAUCAAGUGUCAGAUGUAACAUCGCUCGUAGAAAGUCGUGUGGAGACGUUUCGUAGCGAGCAACAACAACACAUAUCGACUAUCUCGGACCGAAUGCAUUCCUUCGUACAAGGAGAGCUAGAAAAGCUCACUUCUACCCAAACAUUUCUCGACGAGAAUCUCGAGCUUUUUGCACAAUCUAAGAGAGAGUUGAUGGAGCAGCAAAACCAAUCCAAGGACGAAAUGGACGAUGUACUAGAGGAGAUCAAGGAAGUCCGAGAUCACAUCAAAGAAAGGGUGGGCGAGAGCCUCGAAGCCAUUGCAACCGCUGCAGAACGAAUAGCAGAAGACGUCCUCAGUGAACUAGGCGUAUUCCAUAAUCAACUACACCAUUCCUAUUCUACCCUGGGCAAAGAUUUCAAGUCAAUUUUUGAAGACUUGUUGAAGCACAUAACUUCUCAGAAGAAGGAGUCUGACGCUCUCAGAGAGCAACUCCAGCAUGCAGGCGAGACUGCUGUCCAGUCAAAUAGCUCAAUCUCAGCGGAAUUGCAGGAGGUCAUCAAUGAAGAACGACGACAGGCGGCCGAGGAACGCCAAAAGCUUCUAGCACAAAUCACCAGCCUGAUCAAUACCCAAGCCCUCGCCCAGGAAUCACGCUUGGCCGACAAAGCAAGUUCCAUUCGGCAGAGCGUACAAGAGAAUAAUACCGCGUUACAAGGUAGUAUGACACAAUACUCUGAGGGGAUGGAUAAUUGGAACAAGAAGGAAUCGCAGCUUCUUGAGGAAGUUACUAGCUCGCGGGACAUCUUGAAAGCCAAACUAAAGGAUGACUGGACGGCCGCGAACAAGCAUAGUACCUCGAUCCAAGAUACAACCAUGUCCGUACAUGCUGAAACCGUCCGAGUCGUCGAUGAACAAAUGAAGGAUCUCGACGAGCAGAUGACAUCUCUAGACGACUUUGUCACACGUGCUCGUUCUCAAAAUGAGGUUCAUCAUGCCAGCCAUUCCGAUUCAGUGACAUAUUUAUCUCAGACUGUCGAAGGCUCGUAUGCGAAUAUUGGGGAGCACUUCAAGAAGACAUAUUCAAGGGUCCAGAGCAUUGGCUCAGAGAUGGAUGCUGAUGUUGCUGAUGCUGAAGGCUCCUUGAAGUCCAUUCCGAAAAUUAUCUGUCGACCUCUCGCUACGCUUAGAGAGGACAUAAAUGAUACCGCCUUGCAGGAAUACCAGCCGACCGGGGACACACCGCAGAAGAAGGCAUAUGAAUAUCCCACGGCACUCCCACAAACUGAGGCACACGAAGAUCUAAUCAAAAAGCUGAACGGCGAGGUAUCACCCAGCAAGGCUAAGGUCUUUUCCGAUGCAGAUUCAUCUUUGUCGGAAAAUCGGUCGCCGUCAAGGCGUUUUACAUCGGACCAUGCUUUGCAGCCUUCCGAUCGCGAUCAGAUCCCACUUUCGAUGAGUUUACGCGAGGUCCACCCCAAUCUCAACACGGCAGGCUCGCUAAACUUUGACCCUCGUGCUAACGCUACAAUCCACGAAUUCGGUGCUGGUGUUGGUCCAGGACUGGCAGACCCGGCUGCGACCACGAAUGCUGAUGGGGAUUUUACGAUGCCUAUUUUUAAGAGAAGUAGGACGACUCGAUCAUCCAAGGUGACUCGAAGGACGAUGACUAGCGAGGGUCGAGAGAAUAUGCCACCGCCCCCUCUCUCGUCGGUGAUACCUGGAGGUGGUAGGGAAGUCUUCUCGCAGAGCAUCGCAAGAAGAAAGAGCCCACGACUGAACUAAAAAGGCCGUGGCAGUUGUAAUCCGAGUCUAUUGGGGGCAAAGUCUGGGGGUCUUAUUAUAAUACUCCGCAGAUAGUAGGCAUUUGCACGGUUGGGGUUCUCUGGAGUUGGCUACGGAAUAGGUGUUUGGGCGAUUCGGUUCUUGUCGGAUAAGGUGUAGGGCGAUCAGACCUUCGACUCGACAUGCUCUUUUUGGAGCAUGUUCUUUCGUCUCGGUCGGUUGCCCUAGCCUGUGUGCUAGAUACCCCUGUUGUUAGUAGCCUUUGCCAUUGGCAAAGAUGAUGGUAUUACAUUUUAAUCCUUCCUUUGA